UCAAGUUGGGAAAGGUGAGGUGUCCUACUGCGAUACUGUUGUAGUCAGUAAUAACUAUUCGUUUCGUGCCAGCAUGGAAACAAAUUGUGAUAUUCCUGCAUCCCCUCAAUGCAUUGCAUUGUUGAGAGAAACACUUGAACUGUUAGAAACGAAAGACCACUCGGAGCCUGGUUUCACUUUCAUAAUUCUUGGUGCUUCCGGAGACUUAGCUAAAAAGAAAAUCUACCCAACCUUAUGGGCUCUCUACCGAGAUAACUUACUCCCAAAGCACACAAGCAUAGUGGGAUUUGCUAGAAGCAAUUUGACAGCUGCUGAUAUCAGAUCAAGAGUGACACCUUAUCUGCCGAGAAAUGAUAUAAAUAAUCAUCCUGAGAAGGUAGACGCAUUUUUCAGUUUGAAUCAAUAUGUCAGUGGAGCUUAUGAUGGACUCGAAGAUUUUGCAAAGUUGAACUCUGUCAUAUCAUCUUUGGAAACGAUGCCUUCUGCCAAUAGAUUGUAUUAUUUGGCACUGCCACCUACUGUGUUUGCGACUGUUACGUCCAACAUCAAAGAACAAUGCAUGGCAUUGAGAGGCUGGACACGAAUCAUUAUAGAAAAACCUUUUGGAAGAGAUAGUGAAAGUUCUGCUCUUUUGUCCGCCCAUUUAUCGUCGUUGUUUAAGGAGGAACAAAUAUAUCGUAUUGAUCACUAUCUUGGAAAAGAAAUGGUUCAAAAUCUUAUGGCUCUAAGAUUUGGAAAUCGUAUUUUUGGUCCUAUCUGGAAUCGUGAAAAUAUUGCCAGUGUGAUGAUUUCAUUUAAGGAACCAUUUGGAACUCAAGGAAGAGGAGGCUAUUUUGAUAGUUUUGGAAUAAUAAGAGAUGUGAUGCAGAACCAUCUACUUCAGAUUCUGUGCCUAGUUGCCAUGGAGAAACCUGUCACUACAUCGGGAGAAGAUAUCAGAGAUGAAAAAGUGAAAGUAUUGCGGUGUAUGGAAGAAGUCAAAUUAGAUAAUAUAGUGUUGGGUCAGUACACUGGAAACCCUGAGUUAGAGGGAGAAGCAAAAGAAGGUUACUUGGAUGAUCCUACAGUUCCCAAAGGUUCUUUAACAGCUACAUAUGCUUUAGCUGCUUGUUUCAUAAAAAAUGAAAGAUGGGAUGGGGUUCCAUUCUUUCUUCGUUGUGGAAAAGCUUUGAAUGAAAGGAAAGCUGAAGUGCGAAUUCAAUUUCGAGAUGUGGCAGGGGAUAUUUUCAAUGAACAAUGCAAACGAAAUGAAUUGGUUAUCAGAGUGCAACCCGGAGAAGCUGUGUACGUGAAACUUAUGAACAAAACUCCUGGAAUGGCAUUCAACUUGGAAGAAACAGAACUUGAUUUGACAUAUAACAGCAGAUACAAAGACUUGCAUAUGCCUGAUGCUUAUGAAAGACUUAUUUUGGAUGUGUUUUGUGGAAGUCAAAUUAAUUUUGUACGAAGUGAUGAAUUAGUUGAAGCUUGGCGAAUUUUCACCCCACUUCUGCAUAAAAUUGAAAAAGAAAAAGUAAAGCCUUCGCUAUACAAAUAUGGAAGUCGAGGCCCUGCAGAAGCUGAUGAAUUGACUCAACGCUUGGGAUUUAAAUUUUAUGGAACAUAUAAAUGGGUUAAACCUCAGUUGUGAAAUGAAUGAUUUUUAAGAAAAUUGCCUUAUUUAUUAGCAUCUAAAUAUCUGCAUUUCUGUUCCUGUUUUAAAAUUCAGGAGAGAAAGAGAUUUUGAAAAAGGAGGAGAUUGGAUUGGAAUGUCUAGUUAGAAUUAAGGUAGAAUUAUGCUUCCUCAUAGCUUUUUUUUUUCUUUUUUUGCAUAAUUUUCUACUUAAUAUUUUUUGCUUGUUUCUGAUGCUUCCUCUAUUUUGUUUUCAUUUUGAAAAGUGUUUUGAUUUAUCUGUGAUUUGGAGGAAGAAAUCAAAAAAUUGGUAUGGGAAUGAUUUAUUUGAUAUGAUGGAAUUACUGUGUUGUACCUAAAGCUGAAAAGAUCUCUGCUGGCUAAUUCUAACAAAACUUAUCUUACUUCUUUGUUCGUAAAUAAUUCCUACUUAUAUGUUUGUGCGUAAAUUAUAAUCCUUUUCUAAUGACUUUCUACUAACUUUUUAACACAUUUUUAAAAGUAAGCAUAGAAAUUGCUUUGUUUAAAAAAAGUUAUUUAAU